UGAAACGAUGGGAGUGGCGCAGAAUAGCUAUGAGUUGGAGCAGGGGACUCUGGAGAUCGGCAUGGAGUACAGGACCGUCUCUGGUGUUGCGGGGCCACUGGUUAUUCUUGACAAAGUCAAGGGUCCAAAAUAUCAGGAGAUUGUCAAUAUUCGUCUGGGAGAGGGAACAACCAGGCGUGGUCAAGUUUUAGAAGUUGAUGGAGAGAAAGCUGUUGUGCAGGUUUUUGAAGGAACAUCUGGAAUUGACAACAAAUACACAACUGUGCAAUUCACAGGAGAGGUUUUGAAAACACCCGUGUCAUUAGAUAUGCUUGGGCGCAUAUUUAAUGGUUCGGGUAAGCCCAUUGAUAAUGGACCUCCAAUUUUGCCUGAGGCAUAUCUGGAUAUUUCAGGAAGCUCUAUCAACCCUAGUGAGAGAACCUAUCCUGAAGAGAUGAUACAAACGGGAAUUUCUACAAUUGAUGUGAUGAACUCCAUUGCUCGUGGACAGAAGAUUCCUCUUUUUUCUGCUACCGGUCUUCCUCAUAAUGAAAUAGCUGCUCAGAUAUGUCGUCAGGCUGGUCUUGUAAAGCGGUUGGAAAAGUCUGGAAAUCUCAUGGAGGACAAAGAAGAGGACAAUUUCGCCAUUGUUUUUGCAGCUAUGGGUGUAAACAUGGAGACGGCCCAAUUCUUUAAGCGUGAUUUUGAGGAAAAUGGGUCAAUGGAAACAGUGACUCUUUUCCUAAACCUGGCUAAUGACCCCACUAUAGAACGGAUAAUCACCCCUCGGAUUGCCCUCACAACUGCAGAGUAUCUGGCUUACGAAUGCGGAAAGCAUGUUCUAGUUAUAUUGACAGAUAUGAGCUCUUAUGCAGAUGCUUUACGUGAGGUAUCUGCUGCUCGAGAGGAAGUGCCUGGAAGGCGAGGAUACCCUGGGUAUAUGUAUACUGAUCUGGCAACUAUUUAUGAGCGUGCUGGACGUAUUGAAGGACGAAAGGGAUCCAUCACUCAAAUUCCUAUAUUAACUAUGCCAAAUGAUGAUAUCACACACCCUACUCCAGAUCUCACCGGUUAUAUUACUGAGGGGCAGAUAUACAUUGACAGGCAACUCCACAAUCGACAGAUAUAUCCACCUAUUAAUGUACUUCCAUCGCUAUCUCGACUAAUGAAGAGCGCUAUUGGUGAGGGAAUGACCCUUUGUGACCAUGCCGAUGUCUCCAAUCAGCUUUAUGCAAAUUAUGCUAUAGGAAAGGAUGUCCAAGCAAUGAAAGCUGUAGUUGGAGAAGAAGCACUUUCUUCUGAGGAUCUGCUUUAUCUGGAGUUCUUAGACAAAUUUGAGAGAAAAUUUGUAGCUCAAGGGGCCUAUGACACCCGCAACAUAUUCCAGUCACUUGAUCUGGCGUGGACCCUGCUACGUAUCUUCCCUCGGGAGCUUCUCCACCGUAUACCUGCAAAAACACUGGAUCAAUACUACAGUCGUGAAUCGUGAUGCAACAAACUGAUCCGUGAAGCAUGCCCUUUGCUUGUCUUGCUCGCUCUGGGGUUGCACUACAACUGGGCUAAUGUUGCUCUGUCAAUUCAUCUCAAUCUUGUCUGGGCCACAUGACUCACCAAAACGCGUAUGUGACUGAGUGGUCAGUUUCUCUUCUCCCAUAUAAUGCGGUGCGUUGCAUGUGCUGUGUCUUGUGACGAGAAAAUUAUUUGAUUUGAGAACUCAUAGACUUUUGUAUCAACUUCUAUUCUUGUUCACUCGUUAUUGUUAAUGCCAAG